AUGGCAGACAAAUACAAAGAAUAUCUCACGGCAAAUGUCCUCGAUGAAGGGAGACCGAUCACUUAUCGCUUGCUCAGUAGAGCCCUAAGAGUUCAUGUUGAUCUGGCAAAACAAAUGCUGUACGACUUCUAUCAGAAACAGAACGCAAAGAACUCAGGGUGUCUGCACGCUACCUACAUAGUCUCGGGCACACGACAAAUGAGGGAGCGAAAACUCGCCAAUGGAGUACAGUCGUAUGAUGGAGGACACAGAUUCAUGCAAAGUAGCCCUUCUAUGAGGCCUGCGCCAAGAGAGGAAGAGAAAGAGGAGACGAUAUCCACAAUUUCUGUUGUCACAUUGGUCACUGAAGAACAGCUGGAAGAUGCAAAAUCUAGCCUGGACAAAAUUACAAGCUUACAUGUCUACAGUCUACAGCCAGGAUCCAUUGAGAAUGUUCAUAUCCUCUCGGUUUGUAACCAAGAAGUGUCAAUGAAAUAUGCUCCGGACGAUCCUUUGAAGGCAUACGAGAUAUAUGGUACAAUACAUAAUCCUGAUGCCAGACGAAGGACUAUGCGCAGGCAGCCUCCCGCACCUACCCCAGCACCAAGCAAAAACACUGUCAAUACGCCAGCCAAAUCCACGUCCAAGCAUUCGCCCCCGGCCCCGUCGGAUUCAAAAGCUACUGCUGCGCCAGAGCGACGAGGUAGUACUGAGGAUGGCAGCGCAGUUGUGAGACCGUCGCCGGUGUCAGAUGUUUCGCUAAAGAAACCAGAAAACAUAAAAAGUGCCUCCAAUCGCGGUCAAUCAGCUUUGUUUAAAUCGUUUGCAAAGACUCAACCCAAAGUAGCAAAAGCGGCAUCUCCAAGAAGAUCACCAGCUCCUUCAGCUGAACAAACUGCCCAAGAGGACGAAGCUAUGGAUGAUGCAGACGCAUCGGAUGGAGAAAAUGAGGCCGCGGCCAUCAAAAAGAGAGAAGCAGCGCAGACAGAACGGAAAACUCGAGUUGAAAGAGAGGCACAACUACGGAAGAUGAUGGAAGAGGACGACGAAGAAGAUGAGGACGAGCCUAUGACCGAUUCUCAUGAGUCUGAGAAAGUAGAAAGCCAAGAGAGCGCAAUUGACGCAGCGAAGCCAGCAGAUUUAGAUAUCAAAGAGCAGACCGUACGUGUUGAGAAUGGUCGGAGACGAGGUCGGAGAAGAGUCAUGAGAAAACGGACCAUCAAAGACGAAGACGGCUAUCUUGUCACAAAGGAGGAGGCAAUAUGGGAGUCUUUCUCAGAAGACGAACCGGUGCCAAAGAAAUCUAAACCCACUCCCUCAACCUCCACUGCAAAGGAACCAAAGAAAGGUAAUAAACCAGGACAGGGUGGCAUCAUGAGUUUCUUCAAGAAGGGAUAA